UACUGGAGCUCGACUGCCAUGGUGAACGUGUUACGUCACAACCCGAGAGCACGGAUGUGUGUGUAUGUGUGUGUGAGCGAGAGGAGCAGAGAGGAGAGUGUGUGUAUCUGGUUAGAGAGGGCGAGAAUGGAAAUGUGAUCGAAAAGGUAGAAUAAGUAAAGGAAAUACAAAGGAAGGACGAGAAAGUAUCGCGUCUGUGCUCUCAGCGCAGGAAUUACACAUCCGAAACAUUUUCGCGCAAACUUGCUGAGAGUUGUCCUCACCGGCGAGCGGACUGAGCUCGAGGUGGGAACAAGCGAGAAAAAAAAAAUUAUCUCCGGGAUGGUGGACUCCCGCUUCCCUCGCGCUGGCGGCCCGGGAAUCACGCGCCAUUGAAGGGGGGUGAUAUUGUGCAUGCGCUUUGGCUUCACUGCGUGCACGCUCGGGUCGGUCGAUGCGAGCACACUGGCGUGGCUCUCGGCCUCCAUUUGCCAGUUUGUGUUUAUGUUCGAGGGAUUCAACGAGGCCCUUUCAACGACGACGAGGACGAGGUGCAACAGUUGGAGUUUAAUCGUGAACGUUGUCAUCAUGUCGCCCCCGUAGGCCACGAGGCAUUCAACCGACGUUGAAAGGUGAGGCGUCAGUGAAACCAGCAACUUUUCCAACUUGGUAUCAAAUGAAGUGGGACAGCCACAGCCAUUGGUGAUGCCUGCCACAGACUCUAAACUCACAUUAAUGGAGGACUCCCAUCAUGCAUUGGAAGAGCAGGAGGGGAGCUUGACUAACAUUCCCUCCUCAGUUUCUCCUACUACCGCUGUUUCUUCACCGCUUCUUGAUCCAAAAACUAAGAAACCUAAUUUCCCUAGUCAGAUGAUGGUUGAGAAAAAAGCUGUCUCCAUGACAAGCAAUGAUUGUAGCUUGUCUCUUUGUUCCCCUGCUGAAGCCAGCCCAGCCAAGCCUGCUGCAGCAUCACCUACUCGCUCUGAAGUCACUGUUGAAACAAGUCCAGCUACCUCACAUAUAGCAGCAGCUUCUGGCUCUCUAAAAUGCACAGAGACAAGCAUCGUCAACAUCUCAGAAUCACCGCUAGUGUUGUCUGAGUUACCAUCUACUACAUUUGGCAGUCCAGACCUGAAAAAUGACUUUCCUACUGUGCUGACCUUCAAAGGUGUCAGUGUCACUCUGGAGAAUAACAGUGUGUGGAAGCAGUUCUACAGCUGUGGAACGGAGAUGAUUCUUACUAAACCGGGGCGCCGUAUGUUCCCUUACUGCCGAUAUCGCCUGUCUGGGUUAGAUCCUGAUCGUUUGUACACUCUGGUCCUGUCCAUAGUUCCAUCGGACCAGUACAGGUACCGCUGGAGCACAUACAAAUGGGAGGUCAAUGGACCAGCAGAACACCAGGCCCAGGGUUUGAUUCGGGCAUUUUCCCACCAUUACUCACCGUCUCGAGGCUCGGACUGGAUGGGUACCUUGGUGUCCUUUUACAAACUCAAACUGACUAAUUUUUCCCAAGACCAUGCUGGUCACAUCAUCUUACACUCCAUGCAUCGCUACAUUCCUAGGCUACAUGUGAUACCUGUCCCGGAUGGAGACAUACUUACACCUGACCAGCCUGUGGUUAUGGGACCAGAGAGCAUGACCUUUACUUUUCCGCAAACUGAAUUCAUGGCUGUGACAACUUAUCAGAACUUUCGGAUCACCCAGCUGAAAAUUAAUCAUAAUCCGUUUGCAAAAGGCUUUAGAGAGGACGGGAACAACUCCCGCCUACAGCGGUUCACUACAGAGGCUCAACCGGUGGGGGAGACUCAGCCGCCUAUUUCAAAAGCUGCUGAACUCAGUGAAAACAAGGAGAAGAUUGUGGAUCUGAACACAAAGAAGCACAACGUCUCUGCCUCCCUCCCAAAUGAGCAAGAGACCAGACUGGUUCUGAAGCCCAUAAUGUCUGGCCCUUCCAAUAAGGAUGAACCAUAUGUUCCCUGUAUUAGAGGAAAGCAUGCCCUUGGUGAGCUUGUGCUUGUCCAAAAACGUCCACUUGUGGAACCCCAUGAAGAAACCCACUCGGUCAGUAUCACCCCUAAGGUGCAGCAAGACUUUACAGUAAUGAUAUCCCCAACGUCUAUCCCGGGAUCAUCACCUGGGUACCGCAAAAGGAGGAAGAGGAUAAACAAACGUUGGGCAAAUUCGCGGGGAAGAGACUGGAAAGCUGCCGUUACCUCCCCCAUGCUAGUCCAGAGCACAUCGACUGUCGCUAUGCAACCAGAGCUGGAUGAUGUAGAAGGCCUGCUGUUUGUGUCAUUUACCUCAAAGCAAGCUCUUGAGGUUCACGUCAGGGACAAGCCAGCCAAAAGCACACCAUCAGCAUCUCCAGUUUCCCUAACACCAACGCAGUUUAAGGAUAGAGUGGAGCUGAUUCCAGAGACUGAUGAGGAGAAGAUAGCCCGCUUGGAGGCUAUCCUGCUGCAGGACCUCGGGGUUUUCAAACACAAUCAGGUCAUCCAUCCUGUGCUGCAGGAGGUGGGGUUGAAGUUGAGCUCCCUAGACCAAACAAAGUCCAUCGACCUAAAGUACGUGGGGGUUAAUCUGCCACUACCUCCGCCUGACCUGCCAGAACAAGGCAAUGCCACGGCUCGGUCUCCUGUUGAUGAGGGAUUAUCCUUCAUCUCCCGAACAGGAAAGACAAGUGACAUGACAAAAAUAAAGGGAUGGAAAAACAAGUUCAUAAGAAGCAAAGAAACAACUUCUUCUAACUGUGAUGGAUCACAAAAGAACUUAUCUGCCUUCUGCAGCAACAUGUUGGAUGAGUACCUGGAAAAUGAAGCCCAGAAUAUCUGUGAGCGUGCCGCUGCCUUCUCCACAAACCCGGAGGACACGGUGGCCUAUCAGCUGCCUGUUAAAAGCUCCAGCUAUGUAAAGACCUUGGACAGCGUACUUAAGCAUCGAAAAGCUACUUCCAAAUUCCCCGUGGGAGCCAACAGACCCUGCCCCCUUUCCCACAAACCCCGCCUCUACUCUGCCCUGGCAUCACCGGUUCCUUCUGUGGCCCGCUCUGCGACCCCUGAUCAAGCAGAAGCUCAGUCACAGCAGUUGGCAUCUACACAGCCAGGGGCACAAGGAUUAUCUACAUACCAGACAGGGACCAGCCCGAGACCAGCGGGGAGCUUUGGGCAGAGCCAAGGGAUGACACACAGACCUUCAGGCCUCACUAAGUUGCAGCUCAAACUGUUGCAGAUGGAGUUUGAAGCAGUGAGCCAGGGUCUGGACAGAACCCAGCUGACUUCAGACAGGCUGUCUGUGGCUCUGUCUGUGGUUCUGACAAAACAGAUGCUCCCCAGUCAGGUGUUGAAGGUGGCCCAGCAUCCAACGUGUAAAACCACUGUACCUGAAUGUGGUCAGGAGUUCUGCGCACUGGGCUGUGUGUGUUCCAGUCUCCAGCAUCUGAACAGAGGUCCCCUUCACUGCCGGCGACCUGAAUGCAUGUUUGGCUGUGCCUGCUUCAAACGUAAGAUAGUCAAGCAGAUGAGUGCGGGAAAGAGCGAACAACAGAUCCAACCUGUUUACUCUAUGACCAAUAAUGAACAUGUGGUCCAGCUUUGCCCGGGUUCCCAUUCUAACAAACUGUGGAACCACAGCAUUAAUGAUGUGGAUCCAGAGGCUCUCUUGACCCCCAAAAGGGCUCCACUGUAUGUGGCCCCUAUAAAGGUCCUAAAGCGCAUCAGUGUGCCUCGUCCAACGCAACCGAUACGAGAAGAGGAUAAGGAUCCAGUGUAUAAAUACUUGGAGAGCAUGAUGACAUGUGCACGUGUAAGAGAGUUCAACAGCAAGCCUCCCCCUGAAAUCAGCAUUGAGCCCAAGAUCCUUCAUACCUCUACACCAAACACCACAGCAAAACCACUGAAGACAACCACCGAUAACCUGCUGACAAAUUACCACAGACCUCUACUGACUGCUGUUAGAAAAACAGCAAAAUGGACCAAUGAUGAAAAAGACGCAAAAAAGCAAAUUGAGAUCCAGUCAGCAUGUCAGUGGGCCAAGGACCGCGAAAUGGUCUUGGAAGCUUUAUGUCUGCGCAUGAAUCAGAAUAGGCUGUCUCGGCGCUUCUGGGUAGGACCGUACUGCAUCAGACCGGUUGCCAGGAUCUUCAUGCGGAAGCCCAGUGGCUCCAUCGUCACCUACAGGGUACACAUCAGUAAAUCAUUAAAAACCAGUGAUUAUGAUGAAGAGGACUCUGAUGACAGCGAUGAGGAAAAGCAAGUACAUAAAAGCUUUGACGAGGACAUGGAUGCAGAAGAGGACGUUGGAAAAAAUGAUUAUUCCGAUACCCGGGUUGGAGUUACACCCUUUUUGAGUGGAGUAUUAUCUGCCGGCAGACUAAGAGCCAGGACCAAACCUGUUGGCUGCCAAGCAUAUGGACUUAUACAGGUAAAUGGCAAAGCCUACAAUCAGGCCAGACUGUUGUUGGGGAACAUGGGAUCUCUACACCCAGCCAACCGCCUUGCAGCAUUUGUCACAGGCCGACUGCAUCCUCCUGGUGGAAUUUCUCUUCCGAAGUCCAACCCAACAAACAAAAUCACCACUCCUGGUACUGUUCACAUGAAGCCUGCUGGCACAGUAGUCCCGCCAGUUAAAAUUGCAAAGAAAACCAACGAUGUGAAGACACCAACACAACCACCAGCUCCGCUCAUUCAGCCAGACUCUUGGAGAAAGGGAUCCAUCAACUUACCGCAGCAUUCACAAAACCCCUCCACCAUCAAUCCUUUUGUAGCGGGCCCUCGCAUCUCGGUCAGCCCCUUCCAGAACAGCUCCACGUCCUCGCCUGUCUCGCUCACCGUCUCACAAUCACUGAAAACCCCCAGCUUCUUAGGACAGAGUGGGACCUAUUCAUUCAGGAUCUGCCCUCCAGCUAACCAGGGCCCCAGAGGCCAGAACCUGCAAGGAGUUACCCUGCCUGGGGGCUUCACCCUCAUUCAGCUCCCUAAGCACGGAGCUGAUGGAGCUUCAUCACAAUGUGUGAACACUACAGAUGUGGAGGGUGUGGACAAUGCCCGGCCUCAAAACGAUGCUUUGUUCAAUUUUGGAGAUACAGGUGCAAAUUGGCCUAGUUUGGACGCCUUUACUGGAGCUAAGGACUUAUCGAGCAGUAAAUCAGUGGAGGCUGGAAUCUCCCCUCAGCUGGACUACAACAGGAAGGUGGAAUCAAACCUGGAUAUCGGUUCAGAGGACUUAAGCUCCGACUCCUCAGACUACUGUGGAGAGGGUGACGAAGAUGAUGAGGUAGUGGACAUUGAGACUGUCGAAGAAGUAAAACAAGAAGUGGCCAUUGCUAAAUUAAAAGAAGCUAUCAGCAGGGCACAGAAGGACUCAAGGGAUUCCAGCGAUGGUUUUGCAUCAUGCAGGGAACUCAACGUCCAGGGUCAAACGGGCAGGGAACACGAGAGUAAGAAUAACAGGAGGCGAAACAACCACACGAAGCUAGAAAGGCAAAGACGCUCUGAACAGCGCAUCCUCUUCGACAGACUCCAGGUUGUCCUUCGGAGUGACCCCAGGGCCCCCAGACUCCGCCUCCUUUCACUGGCCCAAAAAGAAAUCAAACAUCUGGUUGAAACCUCCAGACAUCUGGAGGAGAAGAAACGGAGGCUGAUUCGGAUGCAGUCCGUCUAUGUGAAGGAGCUUUCCCUUUUGUCUGGGAAGUCAAACAAGAUGAUUAAACAGAAGCUGGCGGAGAUCUGCGAGAGGCAGAGAAUAAGAGAAAAGAAGCAGGAAUGGAGUCCUUUCUUUUCCAAUCUACUCCAGUCAAGAGCAGCUCUUCUGCAAGCCACUGCCUCCCAGUCCAAGCACCAGCCCACACCCCUGCUACAGCCUGACUUCUACACGGCUCCGUCUCAGGCUAACCCACCCAUAAAAGCCCUAAAUGAGAUGAUGUCUGUGCUUCGGUCUAACCUACAAAGUCCUCCAGCCCAAUCCACACCUCAGACACCCACGCCUCAAUCGGUGUGCUCUCUAACCCAGGCUAAGGCCCCUGCCCCCUCACAACCAGACGCUCAACAUCCGAUAAAGUCUGAGGUCCAACAGGAGCCCCCUGGUGUCCCAGCCCAGGUCAGUAUGCCUAAUUCCCACAAGGAGUGCUCAGUCGCUGCUACACAUCAGGUCACUGCAGCCCAAGAUGGAGCCUCACCUGCAUCCUCCACACCCAAUUCCAGCAAACUUCCUGUACAGCACCCGAAGCCAUUCCCUCUUCCUCUAAUUCGCUCCAAGACCGGCAGAAUCAUACUUCCCUCAUCUCUGAAACCACUUGGUCAAGGCUUCUAUACACUUGUGGUUAUGGAAGCCAAGCAGAAAGAGGAGAAGGGUGAAGAUAGCUCUUUAGCUAAUAUGCAAGCUCCCGAUGUGAACUCGUCUCAGAACCAAGACAAGAGCUUUUCUGAAUGUGACCACUUGUCGGAUUCAGAAAGCAGUCGUAUUUUGGAGGAGGACAAAGCGGCAAAAUCCCCGAACUCUAAACCCGAGUGUUCAGGUGUCAAAGCCCCCCUGGCUGAGCUUGCCCUCAUUAACAAAUCAAUCUUUGUGCCCUCGGUGGCUCAGCAAGCUGUGGAGAACCGCCAGGAGGAGAGCACAACGUUGGGUUUGAACAAAACAAUGGCAACUGCCUGCUUAAGUUUUACGUGUGUGAAACAGACUCCUACGUCUGUUGAGCCUGAUCCCAGCCCUCCUGUGGUCCGCCGUCGCAGAGGCAGACCUCGCAAGCACCCUAUAACCCCCGUAAGUGCAAAUGAAAAGCCUACUGUCGCUGAAGACGCCAGUAAAAGUGUCUGUGAAAGGGAAACUUCUAUUCUGGUUUGUCUGGAGAGACAAAUUGAAAACAUUGCUUUGGAGGUGACCAAGACACAAGUGGGAAACUCCCCAGGAAUGGUUAGUGAUGACCCUGUGCCAGUCAAACGAGGCAGAGGAAGGCCUCCGAAGAAGAAAUGUGCACAGCCGUGGAGUUCUCCAGUUCUGCGAGCAGGAAGAAGUCCAUCUAAAUCCAACGAGGACAGCCCUGUCAGACUUUCUCAAAGCCCUCGUUCUAAAUCAAUGGGAAGUCCUUCAACGACCACCUUGCUUGGAGAUAUAAACUCAUCUCGGCCUUUAACCCGAGGUGCCUUAGGAAAGGACUUCCCCAGUGCAAAGAAACGCUCCUGGAUAGACGUAGAAAAGGACCUGGAACCAGAGCUUGAAUCUGAAUCUGAAUCUGAAUCUGAAUCUGAAUAGUCCUCAUAUCUUCCUGUAGCUGCUAAGAGUAAUACACAUAAUCAUUUGUCCUCAGUCCCAGCUGGAUGCUGCUCUUUUCUUUAUACGUUUGCUCAAACCUCAGUGGCCGUCGUUCAUACUAAAGAGAUAAGCUGGUUUUGGUAUAAAGACUAUAAGAGAAAGCAUUAAUUGACCUGCUGAAUGUAUGAAUUAAAUUAAUGGUAACUCCCGCAUUCAGUUUUGAUGUUGUGUUUUUAGAUGCAUUUAUGUCACCUACAUUCAUGUUUACUUCCCAUUAUUGAGAUUGAUCCAAAUCAUGUUUUUUGUUGAAGUAAUUGAUCAUUGAUCUGUCUAAUGCAAACUCAACAACUUAAUCUCAAUGUGUUAAGCGUUAACCCUUUGAAAUACUUUGUUUCCAUUAUUGACUCAACGAAAAUCAACUGUAGUAGCACUUUGUUUCUGGUAGAAGUCCCCCGAGAUGUCCUAUGUCUUUGAUGUAGUUUGUAUUCUGGAGAGUUGGCUCAUUAAUAUGCACAUAAACGUGUCACAAGCAAUCAAGACAAAAGCUAUUAGCCAUAUAAUGUGUCUUUGAAAAUAACCUCUGUAAAUAUUGUAUUUCUUUUUUAAUCAUAAUGAAUUUACUUUGGGGAUUCUGAAACACUGGUUGUACUAUUACUUCAGGAAAUGUGGGAAAAGGGUGGCCUUUAAAAUCAAUUAAAGAAACGACAUGCAUU